AUGGCCACACAACCCAACCCUUCGGAGUAUGUCUCCCACGACUCCAAUCCUCACUGCAAGUGUGAUCACAGACUCGUCCCUCCGGAGGAUGUCUCCCACGACUUCUAUGCUUACUACAGGUUUAAUCCCACUAGAGACACGCCCAGCGACGCCAGAAACACCUUGCUAGUAGUAGGCACCUUGAUUGCCGCCGCGACCUUCCAAGCAGGAAUCAAUCCUCCAGGCGGAGUUUGGCAAGACAAAACCAUUGUGGAUGGAGUCCCUACACAUCCAGGGAAGGCCAUCUUGGGUUCCGAGAAGGCUGCGUUCACAGUCUUUCUUUUCUUCAACACCUUAGCGUUUUCUUCUUCGCUGCAAAUGAUUCACUAUCUCAUAAUCGGCUGCCCUUUUUCUUUUGAGGUGCUGACUGCUAUAUACUCCAUGUCCGGCACCUACGGCUUCUCAAUUGCUGCUGUGGAGCCUCCUGGAGCAGUCAAGUUCUGGUACAUCAUGAUUGCGUUUUUGUUCCCAUAUGCCGUAAGAUUGUCUCACCAAAUUUUCAAGAAGUACAAGAAGAGAGGUGAUGCAAAUCAGGGGGAAGGAUAA